AUGGCAUUCAACCCUGAUUUUAUUCAUUGCACAAUUUGUGGCUUGGUCCUCCAGGGCGAAGUUGUUGCAUUUUCCGGCCCCCAUUGGCCAGAACUCUGCGAUACACCCCCAUCCUUGAAAGUGACGGAUGAACAAGUUACACGUUAUGAUGCCUUUGCCAACAGUCAUCGUGGCAACUUGACCUUUCCUCCCGGUCGCGAAGAGAUACAUCCUCAAUGGGACUAUGAUGUCAAUGAAGACUCAGAGGAUCCUUCCGAGUGGGUGGGCAAGAUCGCGUCGCCUAAUGCUCGAGUCCGCUCGAUUGGCGAAUUCUGGUUGACACUAGAACGUCGUUGCGCUAGAUCAAAAAUGGAGGAUUCUAGCGACAUUGGCAUGCAUUUUACUCCCUCGAUACCAAACCCUCAACCUGGAAAGCCAUUUUCUUGCGGGCUGGAACGUUACUACGUUCCUUCACCCACUAUUUAUUUAUUCGGAAACGAGUGGGAUAGCUGGUGGAACGAGGAUCCAAUUGACAUACCGAAUUUAACUACUGCCUUGAUUGAAAAUUUAGAGCAUGCACCGGAGCCUUCCAGCCAGUUACCAGAGGAUCUCAAGCAGUUCAGAAACCACAUUGAGGCAUUACCUCAGAGGAUCAAAGACUCUAUCUGCUCUUCCUUCCAGUAUGGUCAAACUUCACUUAAGUGUACCUACUUGAUGCCUCAAUCCAUGUGGAAGCAGGUCUUUUUCCAGAUCCCCUUCCUGUGGGAUCUCGAUGCCGAAGCAGUCUAUAACAAAACUGGCAAGGAGACAACUGAGAUGGAAAAAUGGAACUGGGAAAAGAUCAGCAGGCAUGUAUUGAGCCCAGCGCAGAUAUCACCUCUUGAUGCAAGGGAGGACAACAACCUUGUGUGGAGCCAUGAAAGUGUCGGCCUGCGUGUUCCAGGUGGAUUCACCAAUCGUCGACGGAUCUGGCAGAUUUUAGAGGAGAUGUAUCCCAAUGAUGUGCAGCAUUAG